GGUCGGUCGAGAGGAUUGGUCGCGGGAGAUGAGAAAGAUCGUCGCGCGACACAACGAGCUCAAUAAGUUCACGGAGACAAUCGAGAACACCUUCAACCAGCUGUUUCUCCUGCAAAUAACCGUGUGCAUUUUUCAAUUCUGCCUGCAAGGCUAUCUAUUGAUCAGCAUAAUUACGAACGUAUCGCUCGAGUUGCCGUACCUCCAGGUGACAUUUAUGAUUUUGUUUAUAGCCUACAUGACGGGCGAUUUGUACAUCUAUUGUUACGUCGCUGAAAAGCUCAACGACAGAAAUAGCGAUCUACUGGUGGCCGUGUACGAGUGCCGCUGGUGGGCGCUGGACAAGAGGGACGCCAGGAGCGUGCAGCUGAUCAUGGAAAGGGCGCAGCGUCCGCUCCAGGUGACGGCCGGAAAAUUCUGCGUGCUGUCCUUCAGACUGUUCGCGAUCAUCGGCAAGACGUCGCUCGGAUAUUUAUCGAUGCUGUUGGCGGUCAAAGAAAGAUGAAAGAAGAAGAUGAGGUGGAGGAGGAGGAGAAAAAUAUGUUAUGUGUU